AUGCCAGACAUACAUAGCUCGCCAAAGCAGAUACCUCAGGGGACACCAACGGAGUCCAUAAAGCAAGUAAAACAAGUAAAACCGGCAAAACCACCAAAACCGGCAGCAACAACAAUAAGACUUGGCUUGAAGGAUACGUUGAAGCUAUGCGUAAAGUAUUUCUGGUAUGGCGUUAAGGAUGCGUUUGCCUGGCCAUCGAGUUUGAUCAUAAUAUAUAUGUCAAACACAAUUCGAAAUCGGGCCCUAAAGUGUUUUACCUUGAACGGCAUCAUAUUCCUGGGCAGCAUAGCGUUGUUUAAUAGUUUGACGUUGCCGAUAUUGCAUUUUUUCCUGGGGCAUGAAGGCGCGGAAGAAGAAGGAAGAAGAGUGGGUGGCGAGAACUCACCAUUCGUUGCAAUUAUUUUAGGAUGGCUUGUGAAAUUAACAUAUCUCUUAUUUUGGAUAUACCCAGUUUUCUUACUCAGUUUUGUUUUGAAUGCUAUGUGGUAUCAACAAAUUGCAGAUAGAGCCUACAGAUUACAAUACGGACAACCCUCUAAUCAACAGUUGACUUAUUCCAGAUUACCAAAGGUUUUGGCAGAUGAGAUUUAUCGAGCGUUGCUAUUGAUGAACUAUCUCAUUGUAGCGACGUUAGUAUAUGUAAUACCGAUUAUUGGCCCAGCGUUAUCUUUUAUGUUUAUCUGUUGGAUAUACGCUUUUUACAGUUUUGAGUACAAAUGGACAGCCAAAAGAUGGAAUUUGGAGCAAAGGAUUGAUUAUUUUGAAGAAAGAUGGGCUUAUUUUGCCGGAUUUGGUUUCCUGUUUACAGGGGUCACAUUCUUUGUUAACAAAUUCUUUAGUGCAGGCAUAUUUGCCAUGGUAUUUCCAGUUUACAUUAUUAUGGCAAGUAACGCUCAGCCGAGGCCACGCAAUGAUGAGCGUGCACUAUUCUCGCACUACGUACCCUAUAAAUUACCUGUAUUCUGGAUAGCCAAAAAACUAAAUAAUAAAGUCAUAAGCUGCUUAGGAAGACGGGGAUUCGAACGUAGGAGCCGAAUAAAAAGUUCAUGA